GAAUCGACCAGCUUGGACUAAACCAAACACGCCCCCACGACCUUAAACUCAUCGCAACAACAUUACACACGAACAAUCCCUGAACUCGAACUCUCCAAUUCAAACUUUUGCCGAUAAUUACAGAUCUUGAGGGGACUACAUCGCGAUCGCCGCUACCAUGUCUGACGGAGUUUUAAAGCCCGAGAAGGACUUCUCGAAGGAAGUUGACCAGCAGCUUCCCGAAGCUGAGAAGCUGGCAGCGUCCGGUAACCUCCAAGGCGCCAUUGAGAAGCUUGCUGCGCUCGAGAAGCAAACCCGACAAGCCUCCGAUCUUGCGUCCACAUCACGAGUCCUGAUCGCAAUCGUCACACUAUGCAAAAAUGCGGGCGACUGGAGCUUGUUGAACGACCAGACCUUGGUCUUGUCCAAGAAGCACAGUCAGCUCAAGCAAGCCAUCACCAAGAUGGUCCAGACCGUCAUGGGCUUCCUCGACGACACCCCCGACCUCAAGACCAAGCUCUCUGUAAUCGAGACCCUGCGAACAGUAACAGAGGGAAAGAUCUUCGUCGAAGUCGAACGAGCCCGUGUCACCAAGAUCCUUUCCGACAUUAAGAAGAAGCAGGGUGAUCUAAAAUCCGCCACCGAGAUUCUUUGCGAGCUGCAAGUCGAGACCUUUGGUUCAAUGGAUCGACGGGAAAAGACCGAGUUCAUUCUGGCGCAAGUUGAGCUAUGCAUUGAGAGCGGAGACUGGACACAGGCUGCUAUUCUAGGUCGCAAAAUCAGCACCCGGUAUCUUUCUCGCAAGCCUAAAAAGACAGCCGAGCAGCUUGAGAAGGAGCAAAAGGAGCGUGAAAAGAAGAAGGCCCGCGGCGAGGAGGUUCCGGAGGAGAAGGAGGACGACACAACUGAUCUGAAGCUGCGUUACUACGAGCAGCAGAUCAUCCUUGCCAAGCACGAGGAGAAGUACCUGGAUGUGUGCAAGCAUUAUCGGCAGGUUCUGGACACAGAAGCAGUUGAGGAAGACCCAGCCAAGCUUCGACCUGUCCUGCAACGCAUUAUCUACUUUGUCAUCCUAGCUCCCUAUGACAACGAACAGCACGAUCUUCUCCACCGAAUCCACAAAGACACACGCAACUCCGAAGUUCCAGCCGAAGCAGAACUUCUGCGACUCUUUACUGUUCAUGAGUUGAUGCGAUGGCCAGAGAUCUCUAAGAGAUUCGGCCCUCACCUCUGCAGUACCGACGUCUUUGACGCGCAGCCAGGUCAAUCUUCGGACGACAAGGCUCAUCAGCGAUGGCAGGAUCUGCGAAAGCGAGUGAUUGAGCACAACGUUCGAGUUAUUGCCAAGUACUAUACUCGCAUCCAGAUGAGCCGCCUGACUCAGCUACUUGAUCUUGCCGAGGACGAGACAGAGAAGUAUAUCAGCGAGCUUGUAACUUCCAAGACUGUCUACGCCAAAAUUGAUCGACCCGCACGAAUUGUGAGCUUCGCAAAGCCUAGAGAUGCUGACGAUGUCCUCAACGAGUGGAGUCACAACAUGAAGAGUCUCCUGGGACUAUUGGAGAGAAUUGAUCACCUCAUCACCAAGGAGGAGAUGAUGGCACGAAUCCAGCCUGCUAAAUAAGACUAUGGAGUACAGGAUAGAGCGAUUCAUAAUUCAUGACGGUUUAGGUGGUCUGUAAUUAUACAGGUUAGAUAGUCCUCUGGAUGAGGAUAUAUGACAUGGCAUUUGGUGUAU